UGUACAAGUAGGGUUGUUUAUUUGUUUGGUUAAAAAAGAAAACAAACAAAAUACAGGCUAUUUAAGAAUGGAACAUUUUAGGGUUUUUCAGUUUGUUUUUUUUUUUUUUCUGGCAGGCAAUUCUUUUUUUUUCUAUGCGAUAUCUUUGACUGUAUAAAGGGAAAACCUUACAAGUACCAGCCUUUACUAAUUAAAGAGUAUUUCUGUAAAGGUUCAUCAAACAUUGAGUUUAUUAUGUAUGUGAGUGUUGGUAUGUGCCGCUUUCAUUACUGGGUCUGUGAUUUGGGGUUCUUAUGUUUUAAAAGUAACUUAAAAUAAGACUUAAAACAGUAAGGAUGACAAAUAGAAUUUAAUAAAAUCAUGGAGGAAAACAAACAUUUUCUAUAUUCUCUGUAGCUCAGCAAAAUAUAGAAUGCAAAAAUAACAUUUAAAAAAGUACAAGAUAAAUGUCUUUGCACUUAUAGGGUGUGGUUUUAUCUAGUUUUAACCUACUAUAGUUCCCACUAAUUUCUACUGUGAUACUACUGUGUGCAAAAACAGUAUAAACUGAAAAAGAACAAAUUUCUAAAAGGAGUUUGUAUAGAAGUAAUUUUUAAAGGGAAAUUUGCUAGUAUAGCAAGAUUGAGAUUAAAAUGUAGGGCUCUUCUCUCAAGGAAACAGUUGCUCUUAUUCAGAUCAUUAGGACAUUUGAAGACAAUUUCAUAGGACAAUGCAGAUGUCAAACUGUCCCCUUUAAUAUUUGCCUGUGGACAAUAAAUAUCUUCCCUUGAAGUGCAAUAAAACCUUAGAUCAAUUCAGAAGAAAGUAGAGUGGAUAGCAGAACACUGAGCACACAGAAAUGUGCUUACAUGUUAAAAUCAGAAAUAUACGGAUAUAAUCUUUAGGUAACUUUCAGGGUCCAGUUAACAACCAUGCCCUAUGGCAAACUUUAAAUGUUCUUAACAGGAAAGAACUCAGAACAAUGCCCAGAUUUAUUGCUUGAAUUGAGAACACUUAAUUUUUCAUCAAAAAGAAAGCUUUUUUUUAUUAUUUUUUACGUAGCUAUGUUACAAACAUAAUUUAAAAGAUAGCAUCCUUAUUGUUUUUGGUAUUCUUCCUUUUCCAUAUAGUGUGCCUAAACUUGACUAAAAGUUCAAUCAAUUUGCUGGCUGGUAGUUCAGGAAGAGACAUUAAACAUGACACCAUUAGACAACAUAUAUAGUGUUGAUUCUGAUUUUUUUUAAAAGAAGACUUGUUGGAUUUGGCAAAAUUUCAAAGGUUACCGAGCAAUAGUUGUGCUGUUUGGGCAUGUAUCUCAAAAGUGGUUCCCUUUUCUGUAUACAGAAUUCCAGUGCACUCUGACAGAUUCACUGAAAUUAUUUCCUUCAAAUACAGUUCUGUGUGGGAUGAUGGAUGUGAAAAAAAAAAAUCAAUUAGAUUCUGCAUUGAGGCAACAGGAAGGUCAAAGUCCAAAUCCCAGAGAAGAUUUUAGUCUGCUCUCCUGUGAAAAUUGGGAAUAAAUUAAUUGCUAAAACAGAAAGUUUAUUUGUGAAGAAAUGGCCUCCAGCCUUGGAAAUGAAAAGAGUGUGAAUCCUGUGCUCAGAAUAAGUCAGCUUGAUGCUCUUGAACUAAACAAAGCCCUGGAACAACUAGUGUGGUCCCAGUUUACCAGCUGUUUUCAUGGAUUUAAACCAGGGGUGUUGGCUCAUUUUGAACCAGAAGUAAAAGCAUUUUUAUGUCUCAUAUUAUGGAAAUUCACUAUCUAUUCCAAGAAUGCAACUGUGGGACAGGCCAUUCUCAAUAUUCAAUACAAGAAUAACUUAUCUCAGUCAGAGAAAUACCAACCUCUGAGCAAACACCAGAAGUUAUGGUAUCUUAUUUUCACUGUUGGUGGAAGAUGGUUGGAAGAAAGAUGUUAUGAUUUAUUUAGCAAUCGUCAACAGCAAUCCUUCUGCAAAAUUAAGAGCUAUAUAGGUUUUGGAUCUGGUCUUCUUAAGCUUUGUGGACUUGUAAAUUUUCUGAUUUUUCUUCGGAAAGGAACAUUUGCAACACUUACAGAACGCAUUCUGGGAAUUAGGUCAGUUUUUUGCAAGCCACAAAAUGUUCGUCAGAUAGGAUUUGAAUACAUGAACAGGGAACUCUUAUGGCAUGGCUUUGCUGAGUUUUUGAUAUAUCUGCUACCACUCAUUAAUGUACAGAAACUGAAACUUAAAAUUUCCUCUUGGUGCUUGCCUAUCACAGGUCUUUCCAAUAGUGAAAACUCAUUAGCAGUUCACUGCAGGGAGUGUUCACUUUGUGGGGAAUGGCCUACCAUGCCACAUACCAUAGGCUGUCCACAUGUUUUCUGUUACUACUGUAUUAAAAGUAACUUUUUAUUUGAUAUGUAUUUUACAUGUCCCAAAUGUGGCUCAGAGGUACAAAGUCUUCAGCCAUUGGAGUAUAAAAUUGAAAUGACAGAAUUGCAUGGCUGAUAUGAGAUUGAUUUCAUUUUCAUGGUAUAUAUUGAAGAGAUUAAUGGAAGAUUUCAGAAAUUAUUGAAGGCAGACUGCUGAAAGAGGCUUCUGGGGACUCUGUAAUUUAUGUAACAUGUAUUUUUACUGGUCUUAGGUUUUUACUGAGUAACAGUGCCAAAAUGCCCUAGCCCACUUGGCAGGUGAGGGGAAGGUGGUUGGAUUUACUCUGGAUGGUGUGUGAGAAAAACAACAGCAACAUUCUCAGGAGGUUCAAGCAGACCUUUUACUUGCAAACUUUAGACCAUUCCAAUUGAAUAAGGCGCUUUGCAAACUUUGACUUGGCAAUCUUUAACUUACCCAGACACAGUGCCAUUACCAACUUACCUAGUAGAUGGAUUAAGUGGGAAAGUUGUUCUUUUCAUGCCUAAAGAAUAAUUUUAAAUUUGAAUUCCCAAUAUGAUGUUACACUAAAAAAACACAAAGGCGUAAAGAAUGUUUAAGGAAAACAGUGCACUUUUUAGACCUUUGUGAGAUGACAACUAAUUUUCUCAUGCAGACAUGUCUCAGAGCUUCAAUUACAUAUAUGUUGUCUUCCCUCCAAACCUGAGGGGUGAAACCCAUCAUCCUGUGGAAUGUGGCAGAUGUUCAGGAUAAUCCACAUUCUUCUGAGUUAGAGACACUGAAGAAAACUGUUCACUCACAAGAUGCUGUCUGUAGGAAUUGCCACUCGUGUUAUUUGGUGUGGUCUAGGUGGGUGCCAAAUCUCUUAAAUUCACUUCCACACAGAAAAAUAUCAGACACAGUUGUGUGCAUGUUAACAUAUUAAAACAGGCAAUUUCCUGCUUUUUGCAUUCACUAUUUGCUUUCUUAGCCUUUGCAGUGCUUUAAUUGUUCUUACACUUCAUCCAUUUACUCUUCAACCUGAUUUUGUAGGAUUAUUUUCUUUUUAAUUGCAAUCCUGUUUUAACAGGAAGUGUUAUUCAGAAGAGUCUCAUUAACACAGAAAUUCAUUACAUUCUCUUUUUGAAUCCUAAUUUGUAAAAAACAUAUACAGUUAAAUUAAAUAAAUAGUUUUAUGGUGGUUCUGUUCUCGAUUGGCAAUCAUCAAUAGUCAGUCCCAAAAAUAGCAGGGUAACAGCUGAUUGAGUAACUUUGAUCUACUUUUAUGAAAUGGUUUAUUACAUUCUUCAUUCUGCAUUCUGAUUAGAACAACCCACUAGUCUAUUUGUUUGAAGAUCUUAAAUUCUAGUUUUUGAUCUUUAGAGUGACACACAGUGCUUUCAUCUGAUGUAAUUAGGUAUAGUUAGCGGGUGGGCAGCUAAAAACUUCAUUAAUUCUGCUACUCUUCUGUGAGUCAACAGAGACUUCAGAGCAAGUGCUUCCAGAUCCUGUGCUGUAAUAUUAUUUGUUGUCAAAUGUGUGUAUUAGUAGCCUGCCAUAUUUCUGUUAUUUGCUGUUGCAAUUAGAACCAGCAGGUGCAAACCUGUUUUCAUUAGAGUAUGAAAACUGGCAAGUCAUUUGGAGAGCAUCCUGAAGUUACUUUUUGAUCCUGAAGGAAUUUUGUGUGAAUUGUCCUUCCACAUCACUUAAUAGCUUUUCCCAAAGAAAUGUGUUAGCAACACUGACUUAAAGGUGAUCUAAUGUCUCCAGAAACAUCAUACGCAUUUUGAUACUUCAGUCUUUAUCUGUGUUUAUUAAUAAAGAAUUGUAUGCAUCCAAAAUCCAGUGUUCAUAGCUUACAAUCACAGCAGACCUUUGUUUGCUGUGGAGACUUCAUUUAUUCUGAAGUUUCAGAGCAAUAUUUUAUCAAAAGAAUAUGGAUUCUCUGUUUUGGCCUCUGCUAGGUGUCAUGACCUUCUUAUGUUGGAGUUUGCUUCUUUCCUAUAUAGAAAUGUUUCAUUUUCCUGAAUAUUAAAGAAUGUUAUCUUCCUUUUUCAUUCCACCUCCCUCUGUCCUGCUGUUUGAUGUGCAUAAGCUGUAUGAAUUUCCUGGGGUUUGUUUUGUCUCUUGCAGCUUCAUGCGGGUAAAGUUUGUGCUCUGUUUUUCAUCCCUGUUACACUAUCAAUAAAAAAGCAGUUUAGUAUCUCUAUUGUACAGCUGGUUUCUGCUGGCUCUGCUAUAUCACACUCUUGUGUUUUUUUUUUUUCUUUUUUCUGGAAUUAAACUUCUAAUGCUUAACUUAUGCUGCCUUAUUAUAGCAAAGCAUUGGCCUGCUUCUGUAGCACCUCCUCAUCACUGUGUUGGGUUUGUAGCCCAUAGUAUGUACGAAGUUUGUAAAGUCUGUGUCUUGUGGCAUAAACUGUUUUUGUUACCCUAAGAACCUAGAUCUUUAGGUGGGGGUUUAGUUAUUUUAUUUUCCAUGCCAGUAAGCAGAUAUGAAGCAUCUCAUAGAAGUAGGUGGUUUGGGAAAAGAAUGAUUGUUUGUGUCAGAUACAGGUUUUUUUUUUUAAUCUCCCAUAUGGUAAAACCUUUGCUCAGUUAUAGUCACUAAUGAGACCAGGAUUCCAACUUGAAUACUGAAAAAGUUUCUACCAGCUUACCUUUUUAGUACUUCAAUAUUCAGCAUUUUCCUGAAGCACUUUAAAAUUAAAAGUACACUUCUAAAAAUAUUUUAAUUCUAUUUUGUUGUGUCUUGUGAUCUACAAGUUGCAGAAGAGUCUUAGUUAAAGAUAUUACUUGUAGAAUAAUCAAAGAAUAAUUAGUUUUACAUAUUAAUUACCUUGAUAAUUUGUCCUCAUAAACAUUAUAUUUUUCAGGUUGAAACUCUACUUUAACAAAGGACUGCUACAUCUGGUCCAACUUCCUGUAGUACAGUGAAUAAAUUUUGUUUUGGAAUGUUAAUCUUUAAACAAAGGGGGAUUAGUAUUCAGCUACCACUAGAAUGUACUUGUGAGUAGUCAUAUGUGCAUCAGUGAAAAGGGUAAAUGCUCACAAUUUAAGGAAGCUAAAGGACCAGAACUUCUGUUCAGUCUUUGAUAGGAGUUACAGCUUUGUAUUACCAGUUUUCUAUGUGCUCUGUUGACUUUGUGUGCUCCAUGAACAUUUUCAUUAUCAAAAAUCCAAAUAUGAAGGCAUAAAUGAAACAGACUAAUUACAUUAAUAAAUAUACUAGGAAACUUUUCAUUUUUUCAUUUGAAUGAGAAUUACCAGUUGCCACAAGGUGUAAUGGGAGGCAUUCAGAUGAAAGGAGUCAGAGGAUGCUGUUUUUUACUUCCACACACUACCAUUCUAUCUACUCUAUGUUUUAAGGGAGGUUUUGUAUAAGUAAUUUUAUAGACGACUUAAAAGUGGGAGUUUCUGUGAAAGAAAUGAGAGGGAUAGUAUUUGAUUCCUGCCUUACCUGGAAAUAUCUAUUUUUUUGUAUGUAUAAGAUAUGAUGGACAAGGAUGAUCUCAGCAUUAGUAAAGAGACAAUGUGAAAAAAGAUGAAAGAUAUGUGUUUGCUGAAUACAAUUCAUUAUUAUGUCCUUAUUUGAGAAUACUAAUGGAAUUGUUAUCUGGGAUGUGUCAUUCUUAUGAAAACCAAGUUGACAAAUAAAUGAUAUUUUUCAACAGGA